AUGAUAAUAAUAAUUUUACUAAUAAGAUAAACGCGAAAUUUGUGAAUAUAGAUGCAUAGAUAGAUGGAUGGAUGUUUGCUACUUUUUCACACAAAAACUACGGAACGGAUUUUGAUGAAACUUUACAGUAUUAUAGCUUAUGCAUCAGAAUAACACAUAGGCUACAAUUUAAAAAGAUAUUAUGUGAAUUUGGCGACAAAAAUGAUAAAUGUUAAGUAAGUCUGAUACAGAUAAAGUUGCGCGGGUCAGUUAGUAUUUUCAUAUAUCAAGGAAAUUACAAGCAAGCCAGCAUUUUGUAUAAAAUGGGUUUAAUUGUGCUAACCCUAAUUUAUACAUAGACAACAUUUAAGGCAAGUAAAUUAACUUGAUGUUGCCCAGUACUUUUAUUUAGAGGUUCCAAUGAUGUCAAAUAUCCUAUGUUCAACCAAUAUUUGACUUCGACUUGCCUACCUAACCUUAACAAAAAUCGGUUUAGUAGAACUAGGUACAUAAAAAUAAGAUAACUAAUGACAUAAGAAUACACGAAAACAAAAUGAUUCACAAUGCUACGAAGGAAUUAAGUAUAGAACGAACAGACUACGAACAGCAUCCAACUGCGUAACUACGUGGGCGGAGUGGCACUUAGUAUUUUUCAUUAGUUUUGUGUCUCAUUUGAUAACAUACCAAAAUAUUUGCGCAUGAUGCAUUAAGAAUUAAAUUGAAAAUACAUUCUAUAAUAAAACUACUAAUAUAUCGUCUACGAAUUAACGUCAAAGCCCGGAAAAGAGUGUUACAGAAUUGCAAGAUGAAUAUAAUCUGCGGGCCCGAUCGAUAGCAGUGUAGCGCGGAGUAUGGGGAGUAGGGAGUCGGCAAACCUGGGGGUUGGGAAAGGCUGGGGAUACUAAGGGGGGUUCAUUCAGAACGUGUGGGCGGCGAGCGUGGGCGACGCGCUUAUAUAGCCGCCCGACCCUCCUUCCUACGUAGUCGUGCUUCAAACGCUCCCUAGCUAACAGCAGACAGUGUAAAAAAUGUGCAACAUGCAACUUUCGAGUUUAAGAAUGUUGACAGUCUUACUUGGCUAUUUAAUAGCACAAGCUAAUUCAUACCCAAUGCAAGGAUGGCCCAUGUACCCACAAACGGCUAGAGAAUAUCCCGAUGACGAAUACUAUUAUGCUCCAAAAGUUCAAUAUUACUAUGAUGCCCCAGCAAUAAGUGUACCUGAGGUUUAUGGACAAGUACCAUACCCAUAUUAUUAUGACCCAUAUGACCAUUUCAUGGCAAAUGACGCUCCAAAGAGGCACGAAGAGAGACUCGCUGCAUUGCCUAUAGGACAGGAGACAUGGUUCGAAAGCGACUCUACACCUCGUUGGCGAUCUAACGAUGUAGAUGAUGUCAGUGCGGCGUUCUUAGAUAAUUUAAUUCUGACUCAAAUGGCUCAGGAUGCACAGAGACGCCGAGAGAAUGCUCGCGCAGCCUUUCCGCCUGUUGAUUAUGAGGAAAGAGACACCGAAGACGAAGAUGUACGUGAACUAAAGGCUUUGGCGGGAAAACCUCUAUACCAUGUACCCAAAACAGUCCCCAGAAUUGAAGAUGAAGAUUAUUCGUCUGAUGAUGGUUUCAUAAACUGGAACGGUAACAAGAGAAGCAUUACAACUGCCGCGCCUAUCCCCAGCACGGAGAUGCCUAAAUUGGGUCAGAAAGAAGAAGUCAUGCUCCGACCAGCACAAAUCCAAACACAUCAGAAUCAUCGUACGACACAAAACAAAAGAAAUGCUUCGUUUUAUGACACAAUUGCCCAAUUAUUAGCGAAUAAAUCCAAGAACACAAUUGAACAAGAAUCAACGAAACCACGGAGGAUCGAUAAACGCUUUGUGGCGGGAGAUAGAGACCUCGUCGUAGAACUACGUGGUCUGAAACAUCGCAUUGCAACUUAAACAGAUGCAUCUGAUCACCGCCAACAAAUAUGAGACUGAGUAUUAUGUAGACUAAAUAGAUAUCGACCACGGCGACGUAAUGGGAAACAGCCGCGAGAUUUUCAAAAUAACUUAAAAAAAUUAGCAUGAAAAUUAUGUCCAUUACACAGAUCGGUAAAAACGUUGUCUAUACGCAUUUUCGUGUUAAUAAUUUAAGAAUUAUUGACAAAAAAGUUAAUCUAUUAGGAUCUUUUUUCGAUUUUGUAAUACAUUUAAAAUAUUUUUAAUAUUCUCGGUUAAUAUCUAAUGUAUUUAACUUCAAUGCAGUAUCUACAGAUUAGAGUUGAGAGGACGUGUUGAUGAUUAUGAGAGUAAAUGAUCGUACAAAAUAUGACUAUAAUAUCCGUUAUAGAAUGAGUUGACUGUAUAUGCAUGAUAUAAAUAUAUAUAUACAUAUAUAUAUAAUUAUUAAGAAAAAGUUGCUCCCUUCAAUUGGCAGCUAAUAUAUCGCACAACAUAGUGUGCAUCUGUAAAUAUUUGUAGGUACUGAUUGUCUAAGACUUAAUUAUUAUUUAGAUAGAAAUUAAUUCAUCGAAAUUUGUGAAAAUAAUCGCAAGAUAAUGAGUAUUUUUUUAAAAUACUUAAAUUGUAAGUUUAUAAGUUAACAACAUCUAAUUGAGCUUGAUCAAGUGACACUUUUGUGAAUGAUAAAAGCUUCUGAACAUCAUCAAUUUUAGUGCGGAAAAACGAGAAAUAGACUGUUAUUUAUCUCUGGCGGCCUAAAUAUUUCGUUAUCAUUUUAAAGCGAUAUUUAUAUAAAUCUACCAUCUUUCAAAAUAUGUAUUAAAAGAGAUGUACUUAUUUACCUACAAAAUAUAUGAAAUGUAUAAUUGUAGUACGGGCAUUUUUCCGUAUAGCAUAAUAUGAAUAGGUAAACACAUCUCUUCAAGUGUAUCAUACAGCAACACAAAAAUAAGUAAAUUGUUAUUAGGUAUAGUAUUGUUACUCAUACUUGUCUUUUUCAGAUUGAUAUCUGAUCUCCUUUUACAUGUAUUUUGUACCUGUUCUAUAACCAGGUGCUAAUAGCUAUUAUAAUUUCACACUACAAUGGUCUACGCUGACAAUACCACAAAUUCUAUUUGCAAAGCAAAGUGUAACAUAUAUAUUAUUAUAUAAUAAUAUACAUACUAUGUAUAAUAUAUCUACAUAUAUACUUGUAAUAAAGAUUCUCACAGAAUGCUGAGGAUUAGGUGAUAUUUUAGCUUUACAGCUUCUUAACUAAAAUUUUGAAAUACGGGCGGUCUAUGAGACGUUAAUGAAAAUAUUAAAAUUAUUGCGUCCUUUAUCUUUUUCAUUGACCUAAUCCAAAAUUGAAAGUUAUCCUUAGCUUUUUUAACUAGUGAUUAAGUACUUCCCUCGAAUUCGCUAUUUUUCUGUACCACUGCGAUUUCCUAAUAUUUCUCGCAACAAUGAAUUCGUCGUUAAAACGUAGGUAACGUAUCUUACAAAGUACAUAUCUGUUUAUAUAAUGUCAAAUUACUUACAUACCUGUGUUGAUUAGAUAGAAUCUAACCAAAUCCUAUAACUUAGUUUGUAAUAAAAUAAUUAGUAGAUACAUAUGACCUGUAAAGUAUUACUAGUUGAUGUUAAAAUUAGUUGUCGAUAAUACAUGUAAAUUAUUUGCAUAUAAUUCCAUAAUAAUUAUAAUUUAUGUGACCCUAAAUAUAAUUUUUUUGUUAAUAAUUUACUCAGGUCAAUAAUAAUCGAUUGCUCAGAAUAAUGUACGUACAGUAUAUAAUGGUAAUUCCCUUAUAAUUUGUAGAGAUAUCAAAAUAUUUUAAUACAUGGCGUAUUAUUUUCAUAAAAAUACAAGUACCUUUGGAUAGGAGUCCAAUUAUUAGGGAACUACAUAAUAGCAAUGUUGUAUCUAAAUUAUGAAAAAAAGAUGAAAAAAUA